GUGGUUCGUGCGGAGGACACAGCAAUGUGAGAGUCGCUAGUAUGCACGAACAAUUUAUGUAAAUGGCUCCUCUCGGAAGGAAACUAUAUCAGCGUUUGCUGCUCUUUGUCUUGCUGCCAAUCUCAGGUGUUUUUAGCUUUAGUGAGUUAUUCUUCAUCAAGGAGCCCCACGAUGUCACCGUCAUGCGCAAAGAAGCGGUUAUUUUGGACUGCCAGGCGCGUGGAGAGGCGCCCAUGGAUGUCAGAUGGCUCAGGAAUGGAGUGAAGUUAGCGGAGAACGAGCGGGUGUACCUGCUCUCCAACGGCUCGCUUUUUAUUUCAGAGGUGGAGAGCAGAAGAGGAGACAAAUCAGAUGAAGGGUGCUAUCAGUGCCUUGCUCAGAACAAGUAUGGAACAAUCAUGAGUCAGAAAGCCCGUCUUACAAUCGCAAGUAUGUCCUCGUUUGCACUCCAGCCGACCUCCAUAGUGGUAACCGAAGGCUCGGUUGCCAGGUUUUCCUGUAAAAUCAGUGCACACCCUCCUCCUAUCAUUACUUGGGAGUUUAAUCGGGUCACAUUACCACUCUCCACUGAAAGAAUCACAGUCCUGCCCAGUGGUGUUCUUCAGAUCCACGGGGUGCAACGAGGGGAUGCUGGACACUAUCGCUGCAUCGCCACCAACAUCGCCAGUCGCAGAAGAAGCACAGAGGCCACCCUCACUGUCACCCCAUCUCCAGGCCUCCAGCUCCCUCAGAGACCUCGCAUCAUCGCUGGACCACAGAACAUCUCCGUGUCCCUGCACCAGACUGCCAUCUUGGAAUGUCUGGCCACGGGCAGUCCCCGGCCCAUUGUCUCUUGGAGCAGAGCAGACACCAAGUCUAUUGAUGUUUACAACACCAAAGUAUUGGGAAAUGGAAACCUCAUCAUUACAGACAUCAAGCCCCAGCACGGAGGAGUCUAUAUGUGCAGAGCCACCACUCCCGGCACUCGAAACUACACUGUUGCCUCAGCCAACGUCACUGUGCUAGCACCUCCCUCCUUAGUGGAGUGGCCUGAGAGCUUGACACGUCCUCGUGCUGGCACCGCCCGUUUUGUGUGCCAUGCUGAGGGAUCUCCAGUGCCUCAGAUCACAUGGUUUAAGAACGGAGAGAAAGUUCACUCCAAUGGUCGGGUCAAGAUGUACAACAGCAAACUGGUCAUCAACCAGAUCAUCCUUGAAGAUGAUGCCAUUUAUCAGUGCCAGGCUGAAAAUGAGCUGGGAUCGGUCCUGUCCAUGGCGAGGCUCAUCGUGGUGAUGUCAGAGGACCGACCGAGCGCGCCCAGAAACCUCCAAGCUGACACGGUGUCGAGCUCAGCCAUCCUGCUGGCUUGGGAAAGGCCUCAGUAUAACUCCGAUAAAGUUAUUGCCUACUCUGUGCACUACAUGAAAGCUGAAGGAUUAAACAACGAGGAGUAUCAAGUUGUUAUUGGAAACGAUACGACUCGCUAUAUUAUUGAUGAUCUGGAGCCGGCUCGUAACUACACCUUCUACGUGGUGGCCUACAUGCCGAUGGGAGCCAGUCGCAUGUCGGAUCACGUCUUCCAGCACACACUUGAGGAUGUUCCCCUCCGGGCCCCGGAGCUCAGCCUCACCAGCCGCAGCCCUACAGACAUCCAGGUGUCUUGGCAACCUCUUCCAUUGAAACUGAGUCGUGGUCGAGUCUCCAGCUACCGAUUGUCCUAUCGCACCAGUUCAGAGAGUGCAGUAACACAAAUAGAGCUGCCAGGAGAAAAGACCAAACAUUUUCUGGAAAGCCUGCACCCUGACACCAUCUACCUUCUGCGUAUUGUUGCUGCCACAAGCGUAGGGUGGGGGGAGCAGUCAGCCUGGACGUCUCACCGCACUCCAAAGGCAUCCAGUGCUCAAGUUCCCCUGGCUCCGGAGCUGUAUCUUGAGCCUUUAAACUGUACCACUAUUUCAGCACGCUGGCAGCUUACACCUAGAAACUCAGCCAAAAUCCUGGGCUACAGACUUUUCUACCACGAAGAAAGCCAGCCUGAGAGCAGCCCUGUUCAGCUGCGUGCCUCCAGCCAUACCUACGUCAUCGAAGGCCUCGACCCAAGAAAAAAGUACCACGUCAAGCUUCUGGCUUAUAAUGUUGUUGGAGACGGGUACCAAGCAGACCAGACGAUCAGCACCCCUGGAUGUGUCUCUGUCCGAGAUCGCCUGGUGCCCCCUCCACCUCCACCAAACAAUGUGCAGGCCCGGGCCAACAGUUCCAGCACCGUGUUCCUACAGUGGGGCCGACCUGCCUUCACCUCGAGCAACGCGGUCAACUUCACUGUCCGCUGCAACCCCGUAGGCCUGCAGAAUGCCUCGCUGGUGCUCUACCUUCAGACGAGUAAGCAGAGCCUCUUUGUGCAAGAUCUGGAGCCCAACACUAAGUAUGAGUUUGCUGUACGCCUCCACACUGACCAGCUCUCCAGCCCGUGGAGCCCCGUGGUCUAUCAGACUACUUUCCCUGAAGCUCCAACGAGACCUCCGUCCAACAUCAAAGUGACCCUGAUCGAGGCGGACACAGCGCUUGUUUCAUGGAAACUCCCAGAUGAACCGAACGUAGCUGUGACACGCUACACAAUACUGUACGCAUCUAGAAACGCCUGGAUCGCUGGGGAAUGGAAAGUGCUGCAAAGAGAAGGGAGCAUCACCAUGGCACUGCUGGAGAAUCUGAGCCCCGGCCAGGUUUACUUGGUGAAAGUUUCUGCUUCCAACAACAUGGGCGAUGGACCGUUUUCUAAUGCCGUGGAGCUGACCGUACGAUCGGACCUCUCUUCUAGUAACGAUGUUGGGCUCUCUCGCAGUUCCACGCACUCUACAGGCUUUUCUGACGGUUUCUACCACCUGGACCAGACAUCAAUGACAGGCAUCACUGUGGGAGUCUGCAUCGCCCUCAUCUGCAUCAUUAUCUGUGCUUUCAUCAUCGUCUGCAGAGGCAAAAACAGGAAACUUUCAGCUGCGAAGAUCUAUAGAGAAGAGUUGAGAACAGCUGCUGCAGCUUCAGCUCAUCGAGGAGCUGAGGAACCGGACCAGAACUCUGAGCUGACCAUGCCCAUGAUGAGUCAGAGACAUUUCAUUGAUGCCAAGGGUGGAACAAAUCUCAUCAUCAAUUCUCUGGGCCCCAUUCAGUCUACGCUGGAGAAGAAAAAUAAAUGGUCUUUCUUCAGAUGUGAUGUGAAAAACGACAUUAAAAUUUUGCAGAAUAAGGAGCACGACGCCAUUUCCUACCAACCAGGAACCACGGUGUUAACAUACGAACAAGAGCUGUCGGUUUCUCCAAACCAGCCCAUCCCCCUGCAGGACCUGCUCCGAAGUACCGACGAUGUGGAGGGAUCGUCUAGCAGCGAGGGCAGCCAUGAAACCGGCGACUCGGGUCGAUACUCUCAUGACGAGACGGAGCUGGCCAAUUUGUCCUCUGGUCCCAACAGCCGCCCGCUGACUCCGACAUCGGAGGACAGAGGAGACGGCGGGCGUUCUGCUGCGGAGCCGAGCGAGCUGUCGGAGGAGAAUCACGCUGACCUGAAGGGAAAAAAGUCUGUCGAUUCUGGUUGCAGUCAUCAGGAAGCCCAUAGCAGUUCUCAAUCUGCACAUUGUAUGUAGGUGUGUCUGAGUGUGAGUGUGAGAGAGAGGGAGUGAUGGCAGUGAGACUUGCGUAAAGAAUGAACUAAAGGAACAAAACCGUAGGAAA